AAGAUAGUUUACAAAAGCUUAGUCAAAAGAAAUUGAAACUGUAUAAAAGUGAUGAUGAUAAUGAUAAUGAUAAUGAUAAUGAUAAAUUAUCUACAAGUUCUUCAUUAGCUAAUUUAACUUAUAAUGAAAUUGAUGAUAUUAAUCAAAUUCCAAAAGUAUUCUUAGAUCCUAACUUUAGAUUAGAUGAUCCUCGAAUGUUUAAUCAAGUUAUGGAUGGUACAACAAUCUUACAAGAUGAUCAAUUAGUUAAUAAUAAUGAAAUUCAAGAAAAAUUACUGCAUUAUUUAGAUAUUGUUGAAGUUAAUUUAAUUAAAGAAAUUUCAAAAACUUCAGAUUCAUUUUUUAGUACUAUAGGAGAUAUUCAAACUAUGAAAUUAGAAUCUGAUGAAUGUGUUAAACAAUUUAAAUCAAUUCAAAAUAAAGUAGAUGUAUUAGAUAAACAACAUGCUCAAAGAGGGAUAAAAAUUUUACAAUUAUUAUCUGAACAAAAAUCAAUUGAAAAUUUAGAAUCAUCAAUUAUUCAAAUUAAAUAUAUAGUUGCCAUAUUUGAAUUGGCAAAUAAAUCUUAUACUAAUGCAAAUUAUAGUAAAUGUUUAACUGAAAUAGUUAUAGUUGAAAAUCUUAUUCAUGGAAUAAAUUAUGAACAAUUGACUGAUGAUGAAGUAGGAGAAUAUUAUCCUCGAUUUAAAUAUCCUUUAGUUAAUUUAACCUCACUUCCUGCUUUAGUAUAUUUACAAAAUGAUUUACAAAAUUUAAAGGAAGAAUGUUCAAAAGGUUAUAUUAAUGAUUUUAUACAAAUCUUAUUACAAGAUUUACGAGAUCAUUAUAAAUCUAUACCUAUUCAAGAUACUUUAAAUCGAUUAUAUAAUUCAAUUGAUAAACAAAAGAAAUAUCAAUCUCGAAUAAUUAAUUUAAAUUAUCUGGUAAUAAAUGAAUCUACUAAAUUAAAAUUAAUUGAUUAUGUUAAGAAUCUUUCAAAAGCUGGAAAAUUAAUUCAAGCUUAUACACUUUAUCAAGAUAAAAUUAUUGUGGAAAUUAAAAAUAUUAUAAAAUCAAAUUUACCUUUAAGUAGUGGGAAUGGAUCAAGUAAUGGUAAUGGUAAUGGUAAUGGGAAAUAUUUAUCAGUUGAUCUUUCCAAUGUUCCUUCAAGAUCAUCAUCAGAUCCUCCUGAAUCAUCAUCGGGUGGUGCAGCACCUACAUCUUCCAAUUCUUCUAAUUCUUCUAAUACUUUAUCAUCCAGUAUUAAAGCUUUAACUCCAAAAGAAUUUGAAACAAUGUUUACAUCAGCAUAUACUAAUCUUUCUGAAUGUUUACGUAGAUUAACUGCUCAUCAAAAGUUAUUAUUAGAUAUUGCAUUAACUAAUAUUUCACCAGAUAUUACUCGAAAUAUAAAUAUAAUGGCCCUUGAUAUUUCAGGAGCUAUUAAUAGAGCCAUUGAAUUAACUCAAAUUAGAUUAACUAAAGUUAUAAAUGUUAGACUGGAACAAACAGCUGAUAUUCCAGUUGAAUAUUAUUUAAGAUUAUAUUCAAUAUCUUCAGCUUAUUUACAAGAAUGUGAAUUAAUAAGUCCUGGUUAUGUUUCAACUGGUGGAGGUAGUUCAUUAAGUGAAUGGUUUAAACAUCAUAUUGUAUAUUUUAUUCAUAGAUUUCAUCAAAAUAGUCUUAAAAAGUUAAUUUAUGAUUGUGAUCAUGAAUCUUGGAAAGAUAUAACUCAACCAGAAAUCAUUGCUGAAAAUCAAAUUGUGUUAGAUGAAAUUAUAGGUUAUUCUAAUUAUAUUAUAUCUAAACAACAUGGAUUUUCAGGAUCUGAAUGGAUGAAACCAUUUGAUUUCUCCCAAGAUAUUGAUAGAGGAUCCACUAGUAAUACUAGUAAUACUACUACUACUACUACUACUACUACUACUACUACUACUACUACUAAAACUAACAAUUCAGCAAAACUCACUAUUGGUAAGGACAAAUUUGUUAUCCCUAAUUUAGCAUUACUUUCAUUAAAAUCACUUCGAGAUUAUUUAAUAAUUUCAAAGGCAUUUCCUAAUACUAUAUCCACUAUUGAAAUUAAUAUUUUGAAUUAUUUCAAAUUAAUGAAUUCUAAAACUUCUCAAGCCGUAUUAAAUGCCGGUGCUACAAGAACGGCUGGAUUGAAACAUAUAACUACCAAACAUUUAGCAUUAUGUAUACAAUUAAUUGAAUUCAAUAUCUCAUUAUUAAUUGAAUUACAAAAUGCAUUUCCUAAGAAGGAAGCCACUCCUCAAAGGGAUGGAAACCAAAACCAAAACCAAAACCAAAGCCAAAAUCAAAACCAAAAUCAAAAUCAAAACCAAAAUCAAGGUGAAGAUCCGACAUUUACUAGAAUUAUCAGUAAUUAUAAAGAUCAUGAGAAUGAAUUAUUCUCUAAACUUGUUUCCAUAAUGCAUGAUAGAGCUCUUAGUCAUUGUAAUGCAAUCAUUGGUAUAGAUUGGUCUCAACCACUUAUUCAUCCUAAACAAUGUCAUCAAUAUAUGGAAAUAUUAGUAAAGGAAACUACAACCGUUGCCACCACACUUUUACGAUAUUUACCGGAAAUUAAAUGUUCAUUAAUUAUGCUGCAAAUCUUUGAUAAUUUUAAACGAUUACUUGUUGAAUGUUAUUGUACAAAAUUAAAACAAUUUAAAGAUUUUAAUGAAAAACAAAUGGUAUUAAAAGAUAUUGAUUAUUUCCGAGUUAAAUUAUGUGAAUUACCAGGUUAUGGAAAUUCUGGUCAAGUUAUUUGGGAGAAUGUUAAUUCACUUCCUACUGAAGAAGAUACCAAAAUGGCUGAAAUUAUGAGGAAGAAUAUUGAUAGUGAAAAAAAACAUAAUGUCACUGCUCCUAAUUCCCAGAAGAAUUCUGUUGAAAUUCCUGUAAAGGAAUCAUCUAAGGAAGUAGACAAGACUACUGAAGUAGAUGAUAAACCGGAGGUACCUGAAAAGGAUAUUGUAAAAGUACAAGGGACUGAAAAGGGUACUGACAAGGAGUCUGUAAGUGAAACAGCCAAGAGUCCAGAGCCUGUUGAAGAGACUGAAGAGACUGAAGAAUCCGUUGAAGAGACUGUUAAAGAUUCUGUUAAAGAGUCGCAGACUCAAGAGACUGAUAAACAGGAUGAACUUAAAACUAUUGAGUCUGAAUCAGAGAAGAAAGAGCCAGAGACAACUGCAGACGCAGAAGAAGAGGAAUCAAAACCAGAGUCUAAGGAACUUGAGGAUCCUAAAGAAUCUGAAUCUGCUGAAGAAGAGUCUCCUAAUGUAGAGUCUUCUAAAGAGACAGAAUCUGAAGAGCCUGAAGUCGAUAUUACACCUACAGAAGAAGCUGCAACCCAAUCAAAUGGUACUACAGUAACUUCAAGUUCAGACCAGGACCAAGACAUAGAGGCGAAGUCAGACAAAGAAACUGAAGUUAAAGAGAAUCUGGUAGAUGCUGUUGAACCAAGUAAUGAAUUGGAAACCAAUCAAGAGUCAGAAGAUCAAGUGAAACAAAUUGAUAUACAAAAUGGUACAAGCCAAGAUAUCUCUGUUCCUAAUGAUAACACAACAGAAACUAAAGAAUCUAAUGGAGAUUCUGAAGCUGGACCAGUACCAGUACCAGAUUCUACAUAAUUAUAUAGAGCUAAUUUAUAUUCUAUAUUUG